AUGAUACCCGGCAGGGUCUCCCGCCGCGCCUCCGUCGCGUCACAAAUCGGAAAAUGUGCCGAUGCUGUGCUGCGCUGUUUCAACGACACUGCAUCGUCGGAUCGCUUCGCACCGCCCUACUGCAACCGCUGCUUGACCAAGCGCACCAGACGGUCCGUGGCGGCCCUGCGCUGCUGUUGUCUGGCUCUACCAAGCUCGUCUAGGAUUGCGCUGUCCAGUCCGCCGGCUCACAGGAUAGCUCUCGUGUCUCUCGGCUCCGGCUCGCGCUCCUUCCGGUCGACUCGGCAGCCGCAACGCGCCAAGACCCCACAAUCUGGAACUGAACCUUUUCAGCAUUUGGCCUACCUGGCUCCUCUGUGCCACGAGGCAUACAGCAGGUCGAAGCGAAUGGGUCGUACCCGUCGAGAAGCACAGCCGACCUCAGCGAGUGGAGGCGAGAACAUGUCGGUUCUGAGCAUCGACACCGUUGUCGUGCUCUUCAAGUGGACCCUUUUGAAUCCCUUGCUCAGCAUCGCAUACCUGGCCGCCCUCGGAUGCGAUCGUUACACGUGCAAAUCUUCCAACGAAUGGGUUCAGCAUGGUCUGCGCGCUGCCAAGCACCUCUUGGUGGCUGAUGCAUCUCAACGGACAUCAAUAGGAGUCGCUGCCAUCGUCGUGCUACUGGGUUGGUCGCUCGUGCUCUCCUCGCACCUCUGGUACAACCGCGUAUACCUUCGUCCAAUUCGGCGAAAUCAAUGGAAGGAUCAGCUCGUCCUCAUCACCGGCGGUGCAUCCGGUAUCGGGUAUCGCACAGCCAUGCGCUUCGCGUCCAAGGGCGCAAGAGUCGUGGUCAUAGAUAUACGCAAGCUUCCAGAUCCGCAAGCUUCGUCAUUGUCAUCACGUGGUCCGAACGAAGCAGCCGCACGCCAGAACAUCUCUGCCUACAUUUGCGAUCUCGCUAGCGAAGAUGCUCUCACCAAGGUGCUCAAGUCCAUCUUGGCCAUACACGGCACGCCCACCGUUGUCAUCAACAACGCAGGCUUCACCCACUCGCAGCCCAUCACGCGCCUGUCGGCAUCUCAGAUCUCGCGACUCAUCCAUGUCAACCUCACCUCGCACCUCUGGAUUCUCCAACACCUGCUUCCGCACAUGAUUCAGAGCGCAAGGGCAGAUGGAAGGAGCUCUCACAUUGUCUCGACCGCGUCCGUCAUGGGACACACAGGGGUUUCACAGAUGAUCGACUACUGCGCCUCGAAGCACGGCGUCGUCGGCCUGCACAAGGCGCUGAGGUACGAGCUGGAUUACUGCCACCGAUGUCCGCAGAUCCGUACAACGCUGCUUGUGCUCGGUCACGUCAAGACGCAGCUAUUCGACGGCUUGCCUACCAACAUUCUGGCACGCUUUCUGGGUCCUGUGGUCCAUCCAGAUGCGGUCGCAAAGCGCAUCGUGACGGCAGUCGAGAAGAGGCGAGGCGGAACAAUAGCCAUGCCAUGGUACGCCAACUGGUCAGAGGUGUUUGCUCUUCUACCGAGCUGGGCCACCGACCUGGCCCACUGGCUGUUGGCAUCCAAUUCCAGCAUGGACGGUAUGAACAGGGCGCGUCAAAAGCAAUCAUAG